CGCGCGACGGCCGUGGCGGCGACGGCCGUGGCGCGCUCCGGGCCCGAGUGUGGGGCGUCCCCGGGUCGGAGCUGCCGCCGUGGCGGCUGCUGCCACAGCCAUGUACCGUAGCGGCGCCCACUCCGCGGUCUCGUCACACCGGCCUAAAGACAGCGGCGGCGGCGGUCCGCGCUCCGGCCGCGGCUCCGGCGCCGCCUCGGGCCCGGUGCGCCGCCCCUCGCCGCCGCCGCCCUCCUGCGCCUCUUCGUCGCGGCCCCCGACUCGCCGGCCCCGCUCGCCCUCGGGCCACCGCAGCCGCCGGGCCUCGCCUUCACCGCCACCGUCGCGGGGUCGCCGCGGGUCCCCGUCCCCGUCCCGGAGCCGCCGGGCCUCUCCGUCCCCGCCACGGGGUCGUCGCGUCUCCCCUUCCCCGCCGCCACCGCGGGGCCGACGACUCUUCCCGCCGGGCCCGGCCAGCUUCCGAGGUAGCGGCCGAGGGGAGUCGCGCUCCGACUUCGCCCGGGACGGCCGCGGAGACCAUCCAGGCGACAGCGGCAGCCGGAGACGCUCUCCUAGUCUUCGUUCUGAUUCUUCUUUGGAACAGAGCUUAAGGAUUACUGUUGGCAAUGACCAUUUCUGUGUUAGCACACCAGAGCGGCGACGGCUUAGUGAUCGGCUGGGCUCACCAGUGGAUAAUCUGGAAGACAUGGACAGGGAUGAUCUGGCUGAUGAUUCUGUCUUCACUCGAAGCUCCCAAAGCUCUCGGGGUCUUGAGAGAUAUAUUUCCCGGGAAGAGCGGCCUCUUAGUCCCUUCUUAGGACAACUUGAUGAGGACUACCGAGCAAGAGAAGCUUUUCUGCAUCGAUCUGAUUAUAGUCCCCAUAUUAGUUGUCAUGAUGAAAUGUUGCGGGGAACAGAACGAAAUAGAGACAAACUCAAAGGCUCCUACUCUAUACGAUCUGAAGAAAGGAGCCGGGAAGUCAAAAGACCUCGUUUUGAUGACAUGGAGAAAAUACACAGCUUGGGAGGGGAUCAUCACUCAAGUUUUACAUCAGGGACUCGAAACUAUCGACAGCGUAGACAAAGUCCAAAUCCUAGGUUUCUAGAUCCUGAGUUUCGAGAGUUGGAUCUUGCAAGGAGAAAGCGAGAGGAAGAGGAGGAACAAAGUAGGAGCUUGAGUCAGGAGUUAGUAGGAGUUGACAGUGGUGGCACUAGUUGUUCCAUCCCUGGAUUGUCAGGUGUUUUAACAACAUCAGAACCAGGUUUUUCUUUGCAUCGGCCUGAAGAAGUAUCUAUUAUGCCCAAGAAGUCCAUUCUGAAGAAACGGAUUGAAGUGGACAUGGAGCCUUCCGUGCAGCCUGAGAAUUUUUGCAGCAGUACCAACUCCAGCCAGGAUCACCCUCUGUACUCCGGGCACUCAUCUCUUCCACUAAGUGGUGCUAUUGCUGCUUUUUCCUCAGAGAUUGAAAACAAGGGGACUGCAGUGGAAACUGCCCUGAAGGAACCUCAGGCCAACCUCUUCCAAUGGGGUCCCCUCCCUGGAAUACCCAAAGAGAACAGUCCUCUCAUAGAAAAAUUUGGAAGUUUUCUGUGCCACAAGGAAAAGUUGGAUUUGAAGGCUGAAGGACCUGAGAGACACAUAGACUUUUUACUACCCCAUGAGCGAGCUAGUCAAGAUGGCAGUGGUUUUUCCCGUAUCCUGAGCAUGCUGGUUGAGUCUACCAGUACACAGGAAAAAAGGCAGUGUAACUUCCCUGACAUUGAAGAUGAGGAAAAAUUUCUCUAUGGGGAUGAAGAAGAGGAUUUAAAGGCAGAAUCCCCACCAAAGUCCAUUGGGGGCUCUGAGAAUAAAGUUAUGAGGCAAAAAACAAGCUCCCUUUCCUCUUCAGCUCCACCUAUAAAGUUAGAAUCUCUAGAAGAGACAAAUCCAGAAUAUGCCAAGAUUCAUGACUUGCUUAAGACCAUAGGGCUGGACAUUGGAGUAGCAGAGAUCAGUAAACUAGCUGCCCGCACCCAAGAACGACUUCAUGGGAAGAAACCAUCAUCACGUUCCUCAGCUGACCGUCGCUCUUCUGUUGACCAGCACUUCUCAGCUGACCGCUGUUCCUCAGUUGACCACCGUUUAUCAACUGAUCAGCACUCUUCAGAUCACCAUAGAUUGGAAAGCAGGGAGUCACACCAUACCAAUACUCACUCCCCAGAGGUGUCCCAUCCACACCCAGCCUCCCCUGUGGAUCCCUAUCUGCUUCCAAAAAACAGCCCUCCAUUCUUAAAGUCUGACCAUCCAGUGGGUCAUAUUUCAGGACCAGAGGUUGUUGGCAGUGGGUUUCAGCCAUCUGUUGCAGUCAGGUGCAUGUUGCCAUCAGCCCCAUCUACCCCAGUUAGACUUCCACCCUCUGCUUCUUUAUCUCAGUUUCAUAUGCCAAGGACUUCUCAGUUUGUUUCAGCUCGGAUACCUCCAAACUACCAGGGAGCUGCCAUUCCUGCUUCCUCUUUUGACACAUAUAGGCACUAUAUGGCAUAUGCAGCCUCAAGAUGGCCUGUGUAUCCUGUCGCUCAACCAUCAAACCACCCUCUACCUGAACCACACAGGAUAAUGCCAGUAGCCAAACAAGCUACUCGUAGCCGUCCCAAUCUUCGUGUGAUCCCCACUGUGACUCCCAAUGAACCCAAACAGAAGAAGUCAGUUCGAGGCUCACUUCCUGCUACCCAAGUGCCUGUCCCGGCUUCUAUCCCAUCACUAAUAAGAUAUAAUCCAGAAAAGAUCUCUGAUGAGAAGAAUCGUGCUUCCCAGAAGCAGAAGGUUAUUGAAGAGAGGGAAAAACUAAAGAGUGACCGAGAAGCUCGCCAGAAGAAAAUGUUCUAUCUCAGGACUGAAUUGGAGCGACUUCAUAAACAACAAGGGGAGAUGCUCCGCAAGAAACGAAGGGAAAAGGACGGUCAUAAAGAUCCACUCUUAGUGGAGGUGAGCCGGCUUCAGGAUAACAUUAUGAAGGACAUUGCAGAGCUACGACAAGAGGCAGAAGAAGCAGAAAAAAAGCAAUCUGAACUGGACAAAGUUGCCCAGAUCUUGGGAAUUAACAUCUUUGAUAAAUCUCAGAAAUCUUCAAAUGACAGUAAAGAGUCGACAGAGAAGCCUGAAAAAGCAGAAAAAUCUAAGAGCCCAGAAAAAGUGUUGCCAUCCUGUACCUCUUCCUCCAACAAGGAAUUAACAGUAAAUAAUGAGAAGUCACGAAUUAAGAGCCCUCAGCCUGCUGAAACCCAGCCAACUACCGAGAAGUCUGAUCAGCUCAUUCCUGCUUAUGAGUACUAUGAUGCUGGCAGUCACUGGUGCAAAGACUGCAAUACUAUUUGUGGGACCAUGUUUGACUUUUUCACCCAUAUGCACAAUAAGAAGCAUACACAGACACUGGAUCCCUACAACAGACCUUGGGCUUCAAAGACCCAGAGUGAGGCCAAGCAAGAUGCUAUAAAGCGCACUGACAAGAUAACUGUUCCUGCAAAAGGCUCAGAGUUUCUAAUUCCUGUCACUGGAUUUUACUGCCAGCUCUGUGAGGAAUUUUUGGGGGAUCCUAUUUCUGGAGAGCAGCAUGUAAAGGGUCACCAACAUAAUGAGAAGUACAAGAAAUAUGUGGAGGAAAACCCAUUGUAUGAGGAGCGGCGGAAUCUGGACCGCCAAGCUGGCUUGGCUAUAGUCCUAGAGACAGAACGGCGACGACAGAAUGAACUAAAGCGCAAACUUAGCGAGAAACCAAAGGAAGAGAAAAAAGAAAAGAAGGCAAAGGUUGUGAAAGAAGUAAAGGAAGAUGACCAGGUCUCUGCAGAAUUGGAGGACCAGCUCUCUGAAGGUGGGAAUUCCCCUGAAAAAGCUGAAAAUAAAAGGAACAUUAGCAUCAAACUCCACGUAAAAGAAGAGGUGAAAAAGGAACCACCAAUAUCAUCAUCUUUUGGAAAAUUCAGCUGGAAGAAAACAGAAAAAGAAGAGGAGAAAAGUUCAGUGGUGGCCCCAAGCAUCCUUAAGGAAGAGGUUGUAGAAAAUAGUAAGGACAAGGAAGAUAUCAAAGCUGAAACUGGAAAGGCAAAGCCCAUCAAAAUUAAGCUUUCUGGGAAAACUGUUGUUGCACACACCAGCCCCUGGAUGCCUGUUACAACUUCAACACAGACUAAGAUUCGUCCCAACCUGCCUAUCCCAUCUACAGUACUCCGUAAAUCAAGUUCAGCCACAGUGAGCAAGCCCGCUCCUCUUAAUACCUUUCUGUCUAUCAAGUCCCCUGGAACCACUGCUAAGCCUCUGCCAGUGGUUAAAGAGUCUUCAUCUGAUCUCCUCUUGCCUCCAGAUAUCAUCUCCAAAGCUUUUGGUGGGGAAGAGGUGAUUCUAAAAGGUUCUCCAGAGGAAAAAACGGUGCUGGCUGAAAAGAAUGAGCCAUCCCACAUACCUGAGCAAAUGUUGCCACCUCCUCCACCUCCCCCACCCCCACCCCCUCCGCCACCCCCAGUUAUACCUCAUCCAGUUGCUCCAACUCCUACUCAAGUAAAUGCUGCCUUGGCUCCUGUAAAAUCCAACUCAGUUGUGUCUCAGACUCUUAGUUCUGGUUUUCUAGGUUCAAACAGUUUGAAUCCAGAGAUACCUGUAACCAUCAUGUCCUCAGCACAGCCAGCUGCCAUUCCUUCUGAUGAAACGGCUCCUGGGGUGAGUGAGAGUGAUCAGGACCAGACUCUGCUCUCUGUAUUAGUACGUCCUCCACCACCUCUCUCAAGUGUUUUCACUAAACAAGCCAAAAAAUUGGAGAAACGAAAUCCAUGCUUAGCCACAGCCAAUGCUAAGGACCUAUAUGACAUAUUCUACAGUAGUGGUGGAAAAGGAGCCCCUGAGACUAAGCUGGGUUGUGGCCCAUUGGCCAAUGGGGAAAAUAGCAACCUCUCUAAAACUGAAAGUUCAGAUACCUCUUCUGCCUUGAACAGCAGUGCAUCCCAAGAGGAGUUACCUCAAGAUAGGGAUUUGGUCACUGCACCUGUAGUCAGCAACUCUGAAAAUCCCACUGCAAAAACUCUGGUGUCCAUAGGGAAGUGGUCAGGUGUAGAGCAUGUAGACUCAAAAGGCAGAGACAGCAGCUAUGGCUUCUUACAGCCUUUGACAAGGUUGUGCCAAAACAGGCCUUAUGACACUGUUACCCCAAAGACUGAUACUUUGGCCUCAUGGACUUCUAGCUCCCUCCAGAGUGACACUAAUAAAGAUAGACCUCCACAAGGAAAAAUUGAGUUUGGCCUGGGAGAGCCAGUACCACCUGGCAUAGACCUACCUCCUCAGCGAGACACAGAUAUACACUGUCAUACCAAGGACUCUCAGAAGUUGGUAAAAGUUCACCUUAUAGAUUCUGAUAACCAAGAUAAGGGGAGCCAAGAGCUCCACCAAUCUGAGAACUGUGGACAAAGUGAGAUAGAGACAAAUACUUUACCAGAGCAAAGGGUGGAAGUUGAAGAGGGAGUAAGUGCCCACAUUGUGCCCCAUACCCCCAGCUUAACAGAUUCUACUUUAAAUCAUAAGAACAGAUGGGAAGGAGAAGUAGAACAGCCUAAAUUGGUUGACCAAGAAAAAGAACAAUCUAAGAACUUGAUGACAGGACCUGAAACCACCAGUAAAGUAGUAAUAGAAUUGAGUAGUGCACAGGCAUUCUCCUCCACAAAAGCAGAAAUAGAUGCAUUUCCAUCAGAAACAAGAUCUUUACUCCAUAAUCCACAAGAUAUACCUAGAAUUUCUGCCCCAGAAUUGCUGCUUGAGUCUCCAACCAGAUCAGAUAUGUGUUUAACAGAUAGUCCCCAGAAGAAAGGAGUUACCAUCGAUAGUCAAGAGUGGCUUGAAAAUUCUGCGUCUAGGACUUCUAGGUACAGAACCCUCAAAUUCAAGAAAGAAAGAUCAAAAGAUUUUCAAGGUAAAAUGAUCUACAAGCCUUCUGUUUGGAACAAGAAGCCAGAGAAACCAGAAAUGGAAGUUGCGGAGCCACAAGAUGUCUGUCUAGAACAGACAGUGACAAUAGAAACUGAGGCCAAGGAGCUUGCUGCCCAGGCGAAUCUGGGAGGUAGGCAUGCUGAUUUCUGCAGUACUCAGGUAGCACAUGGAUCCCCAAGUACCCUGUCUCAGAAAGUAUAUGAAGAAAAUUCUGUAUCACCUUUAAGAUAUAAUCCCUCUAUCCCCAAUGACUUUGAACCAAACUCAUCUUUCUCUGGGUUUCCUUUAGACUCUCCCAAAUCCCUGGUGCUUAACUUUGAAACAGAGGGCGAACACAACUCAUCUAAUCCCACAAAUGGGAAAAUCCCUUCUAACUAUUUGAAAACUGGACUUUCUGUAGAAAAUGUUGACUGUGGCUUGGGAGGCCUAGAAGGAACACACCAGGCCCUUGACCUUUUGGCAGGGGGAAUGUUGUCUGAGGAAGUUGAAGAAGCUUCACAAUUGAAGAAGCAAGAUUCACUCACAUUGGAAUCCAAAACAGUUAGUCCUACAGGCCUUGGGCCAUCUUCUUGCCUUCCAGACCUUGUUGACUUUGUCACACGGACAUCCGGAGUUCCAAAAGAGAAACUAUGUUCUCCGCUCUCUGAUCCAGAUGACCCUCUUAAGUGUAGUUCCCUGGAGAUGGGACCACUGCAGCUAGAAAUUUUGGAUGCAUCCAUUCCAGAAGUAGCAGUUGGUCUAACCGAUGAGGACAGUGAAAAUUCUUUGAAUUUGGUAAAAGCUCCAACUUCAGGGUCCCUUUCAAAGGAACAGAUAGUUGGAGGCAGUACAAUCCCUCAAAUAACUGAACAAGAAGCUGCCACUGAUGCCAUCGAGGCCCACACACAAGCCAGUGUUCAUAAAUAAUAAACAAAUAAUACCUAGGGCUGCUUGUGGAUCAGUCAAAUUGGCUUCUAGAAACCAGAAACCUAGAUGAUCCAGGACAAGUUGGCAAUUUCAUCUGGAACCUAUACCAAGACAUGAAACUUAAGAAAAUUUACCUCUU